GGUUGUAUUGUAUUAGAGACUAGUUCUAACAUUUAACUGAUAUAAAGUGGUUGAGAGUUCAGUUAGACUGUGUCUCUCCACCUUACCAGACCUCUCACUCCACCAAACCUACAAUGAUCACCCUCCUCCUGUCUUCAGCCUUGAUCGUGGCUACGGCACAGGCAGGCCUGUACCCCAUCAUAGCCCACCCACAUGUGCACAAAACCUAUAUAGCAGCCCCCCACCCCCCUGAGCAUGCACCCCCACCACCUCCCAAACCAGUGGCCACCUCCUAUGCCACGGUGACAACUACCAGUGUAAAGGUUGCUCACCCCCCUCCCAAACCAUCACAUUAUGCAACUCCUCUACACCCUUCAACACACUAUGCAACCCCUGUUGUCUAUAAGUAUGAGUAUGCACAUGCUAAACAUGCACCAGAAUAUGUUCCAGCACCAAAACAUGCACCAGAAUAUGUUCCUGCACCUAAACCGGUUCCAGAAUAUGUUCCUGCUCCGAAAUAUGCAGCUCCAGAACCGGUUUUAGCAUAUACACCUGCUCCAAAAUAUGCAGCUCCAGAACCGGUUAUAGCAUAUACACCUGCUCCAAAAUAUGCAGCACCAGAACCAGUUCCAGCAUACACACCUGCUCCAGAGUUUGUUCAUGCAUAUGCACCUGCUGCUCCUAAACCGGUUCCUGAAUAUGCUCCAGCAUACUAUAAAUCAGCUGUUCCAGUUAUCAAGCCUGUUCCAGAGCAGUACUAUGUUUCAGCACCCACUCCAAAACCCGCUCCAGAAUACUAUGCCCCAGCACCAAAACCUGUUCCAGAAUAUCAUGCCCCAGCACCAAAACCUGUACCAGAAUACUAUGCCCCAGCUCUUAAACCUGAGUAUUAUGCUCCAGCCCCAGCUCCAAAACCUGUUCCAGAAUACUAUUCUCCAGCUCCAAAACCUGAAUACUUUUCCCCAGCUCCAUCUCCCAAACAUGCUCCAGAAUACUAUACCCCACCAAAACCUGCUCCAGAAUACGUUCCAGCUUUUGUACCAGCUCCAGAGUACGUUCCUGCCCCCAAACCAGCCCCAGAGUAUGCUCCAGUGUCACCAAAACUUGGUUAUCCAGCCAACCUGCCACGUCUUUACUACCCUGCUCCCCAGCAUCCAGCUCCAGUGGUGGUUCCAGCUCCAACUGCUCCAGCUGCCCCCACACCAGCCCCGCAUUUGAAGUUUGCUGCAGCCGUUCCAGCUAUCGCUCCCUUCCUCAGGUUUGCCACAUACCCAGGACCACCAGCUAGGAGCCCUGAACCGGAACCAGAACCGGAAGUGGAACCGGAAGUGACCCCCACCCCCGCACCGGCACCGGAACCAGCUUCCCCCUCACCAGCCCCUCACUACUUCUCCUACUUUGGACCCCCUUCAGCCCCAUCACACGCCUAUCUUAAGCGAGAGACAUCUUCCCGACUUACAAAGAACUGAGGUACUGUACCCAAAGCCCGCACGAUGAAGAAAUGUCUAGAGCUCCUAUAAAAUUGAAGCAUUUUUUGAAAACCCCACCAAGUCUGAUACUAAAAGUCUGAGACUUACUUCUGUAAGCUUUUUGUUUCUAAGGAGUCUUGAAGGAGUUAUAUUAUUUGUAGGAUACUACUGGAAAUGGUUUGGAUACUCAAGUGAAAAUGAUAAAGAAACGCUCACUCUUAUACGAAUUAUUUGACCUACUAAAAAUGGUUUUGAUGCUAAAAAUGAUAAAGAAACGCUUACAUUGUCAUAAGUUACCUAGGCUUGAGCUGGUGAUCUAGUUAGGAAAGACAUUAUUAGGAUAUGUUAUUUAUUGUAGAUGUUCUUGAAUCGAUGAGCAGUAUUCGAAUAGUAUUUGGUAGGAUUACAUUACAUCAUAGCGAAUAAUGUAACAACAAAAUUUGAAGAAAGUUGAAAGUAAAAUCAAUUUAUAUUGUUAUUCAUUGUAUGUAAUAAAUAUUACCAAUGUAUGUAAAGAAUCUCUCAAUUCUGGAAUAAAAUGAAUUUUAUACUUUUGUA